CGGGUCUCUCUUCUCUGUGUAUUAUCACGAAGAAAACAAUUGCCUCCAUAUUUAUUUAAUUAUGUCCACCGAGAGGCGUUAUUUUUCGAGCAGAGUGAGACAAACUCACCCAAGAGAUCCAAGAACAGGACCUGGAAUCAAAAUCCCAAGGGGUGCAGACACAAGAAUCAGUUUCAGAUUCUGCAAGGUAUUUGGACACAGCUGGAUUGAGGCUCCAGACGCCACAGUUUUUGAUGCUCCAAAGUUUGAAGCUAAAAGAGUAAUUACAGUUCUUCUUUCUGCUGUCAGAAAAUCAUCCAAAAGGCGUUAUUACACCAAGAUCAUAGUCGAGAAUCUUUCGAGCAUUGGUGUCCCAUUACAUGAGCAGGACACAAUUAUUGAAAGUGUAUUUAAUCUUGCUGAAGUGGCCAUCCCUGGUAUGCCUAUUCUUGUAUGGGUUGGGGAGGUGACUGUCUGCCUCUUAGACAGUGCAAGUAAUCUUGGCAUAGGGGAUGUGACCUGCCCCUUAUGGUGCAAUGGACGAUAUGUUGAUGAUCGUCAAGGUAUGUAUCAAAGGCUUGAAAUGGAAGCCAUGUAUUCAGAUGUCCCCAAGCUUAUUCCUGCAACUGAAUCAUCCAUUGAGGGUUUGGAGAAAGUGAGACUUGAUAAUUUGGAAGAUGCUGUUAGACAGAUGCCAUGUACUAUUUGUAUGGAGGGCCUUGAUCACUUUGAUGCUGCAGAAGAAGGGACUGAUCACCAGCAUAUGAUUGCUUGCUUGCCCUGCUCACAUACUUAUCAUGGAGAUUGCAUUAUCCAGUGGCUCAAGACGAAUUAUGUGUGUCCCUUAUGCCGAUCCCCAAUUGUGGAAGGGGGUGAGCCAUCGAAGCCCCCAUUGAGGCUGCAUUGGCCUAUGCUCAUGAUGUCUGCGGUUGGUAUGCUGACUGCUACGCUCAUUCCCAGAUUGUUGAACCGGAGCUAAAGAUGAAAAUAUCAGCAUCUCGUGUAGAUGUUGUGUCAUUGACCAUGUACUUGGCGGUUAAGUUAGUUUCUUCAAAGCAUUUGGAUUUUCAAGAGUAGAUGCAAACAGAGUUAACUUUUUAUAUAUAUGUAUGUAUUGUUGGUAUAUGUUCUUUUAUUACAACUCUCUCUAUUUUCUAGUACUGUGGAUUUGUGGUAAUCAAGUAAAAUUGAUCUGAAUAAAGUAGUAGUUUUACUUUGUCAAAA